GGUCAUAGCGCACGCACGCCGGUCAGUUGGUAGGAUUCGGACUCUGAACAAUCCAUCAGUAGUGAUCCUCAAGAUCUGCACUAGCGCCUGUUCUAGGAAUUGUCUUCACAAACGGUAGGGAAUUGAGAGUUCAUCAGCUCAGGCAUCACGGUGACGCCUGUAUGUGCCUCAUUGCCACUGACAAUACCAACCCGAUCCUUCUGUUUCUGGCCCGGAUAAAGAGCCCAUCGGGCAUCAGCGCAAUAGAGAACUCCAACCUACAGAAUACACACACGCUUGCGGGGUGCACAUCCAUUCCGUUCUUCUGUUUCUGUGUGGUAGGGCAGUGUACGAGAUGGCGGGAGACGGCGAGCUUAAGCUGCUGGGCCUUUGGGCGAGCCCGUUCGUCACCAGAGCGAAGCUCGCGCUCCAGAUGAAGGGCCUAAGUUACGAGUACAUCGAAGAGGAUCUCAGCAACAAGAGCGAGCUCCUGCUCAGCUCCAACCCCGUGCACAAGGCGGUGCCCGUGCUGAUCCACAACGGGAAGCCGGUGUGCGAGUCGUCGGUCGUUGUCCAGUACAUUGACGAGGCCUUCGCCGGCACCGGCCCUUCCCUCCUCCCCGCUGACUCCUACGAACGCGCCAUCGCUCGCUUCUGGGCAGCCUACCUUGAAGACAAGAUGGUGACGCCAUGGGCGCGGUGGUUCAGCGUCAAGACCGAGGAGGAGAAGGCCGAGGCGAUGAGGCAGGCGAUCGCGGCGUUGGGCGCGCUGGAGGGAGGCUUGAAGGAGUGCUCCGGGGGGAAGGAGCCCUUCUUCGGCGGCGAGAGCGUCGGGUACGUGGACGUCCUUCUCGGCGGCAUGAUCUCGUGGGUGAAGGCAACCGAGCUGCUGUCCGGUGCCAAGAUCAUUGAUGCUUCCAAGACGCCGCUCCUGGCCGCGUGGAUGGAGCGCUUCUGCGAGCUCGACGCGGCCAAGGCGGUCCUGCAGGACGUUGCCGCGGUGGUCGAGUACGCCAGGGCGCUGGAGGCGCGGAUUGCCGCCGCAACUCCAGACAAUUAGUAUAAUGGAACCCGGCAUGGCGAACGUGACUCCCAUUAGGUUGUUGGGAAAUGGGUGUUGGGAGUUGAGACACUACGAUCUCUUAUGCGGAUCGGAGGUUAUUCAAUGUCGCCGGUGCUCGUCUGCAUCAGCUGAUCGAUGUAAUAAAAUUAGACGUAGGGAAUACAGGGGUGCAAGUUGCAAGCUUCUAGAAUUCAGUGUUGCUGGCUCAGUUCAUUUCUAUCUCGUUACUUUACUUUGAAAUACAGAUUCAAUAAAAUUAGGUUUUCCUUGA